UGACAUUUAUAAGUAUUUUUCUUUGACUAUCUUCGGCGAUACAAAUUAGAGGUUAAAGUUUAAAAAAUAUGUAAAUUUUGUACUCAAUCAUCAAAAAAUAUGAGGAUCCCAUACAAAAUUAAUAAAAACACGUACGAUACAUACCAACCUUCUCCAGCAAGCUUAGCUCUUGUGGCCGAAAAUGAAAGACAAAUUGUCGCAGAAAAUUUCGAGUGGGAUAAAAAGCACUGUCCAUCAUUAAUUACUUUAUGUGUUGAAGCAAUUAACUCAAAGUUUGCUACCAAACCACUGCUGAAUGAAUUGCCCUGUCAAGAUCGUGAUUACUUGUUGGAAAUUCUAGAUGUGGACUUACCAUUAGAACUCGUAGUUCCUCUCAUUGAAGAUGAAAUUUACUGGAAAAGACGAUAUGAUGCAAAGUUUGGUACUACAAUUACCAGAAAACCAGAACAAUGGAGUUGGAAAAGUUUAUACAUAGAAAGACACAUCCAAGAUGUGUUAGAGCAAGCACAACCUGAACAUGGCGACGAAGAUGAAAUGGAUGAUCUCUUAAAUCUAUGCGCCUCAUAUAUUCGUAAAUUAGUCGUAACGCAGUUACAGGCUUGGAAACCUCCACUACACUGGGAUGAAGAGGAUAUUCCAGAAUUUUAUCCUACGGAUCAUAUUAGUUUUGAGCCGGUUUUUAAGAAACUCAUAAAUAUUGAAGAGUUGGAUGUCAUAUACGGCAUGAAUAACGUUGGUGAUAAAUUCUCUUGGCAUAUGUUCAAUGUGUCAGUAGGAGAUUGUCAACGCUUAGGAAAAGCAAUCUACCAUUUAAAAUAUCUUCGAGUCUUAAGAAUUCACAGAAGUAAAUUGGACGAUCAACAUAUUCGUGCCUUGAUGCAAGGUUUUAUUAAAAACGAAACAGUAGAAGAACUAGAUCUUUCGCAUUGUCUCAUUGGUGAUCAAGGGGCCUGUUGUAUAGCUAAAAUCUUGUGCGUUCAUCCAAAAUUGCGGAUUCUAAAUCUUUGUAAUAAUAAAAUUGAAAAAUUAGGAUGUGAGGGCAUAGGUUUUGCAUUAUUGCAGCCGGAAUGUUGUUUGGAAAAACUAAAUUUAAAACUGAAUCCAUUACAUAAGGACGGUGCAAUGGGUAUAAUGAGAGCUUUGGUUAGAAGUACAAAACUCACUGAAUUGUCUAUGGCAGCAUGUGAAUACGAUGACAAUGCACCCAUAAGAACAGGACAAAUGCUAAUGCUAAACAGGUCGUUAAAAAAAUUAGAUGUCAGUAAUAACUGGUUCGACGAUGAAGGGGGACAGUUUCUCGUGGAUGGGCUGACUAUUAACCAAACUCUUGAAUGGUUAGAUGUUAGAGAAACUGACAUCACUCCUGCUCAACUACACAUGCUCCAGAAAUUAUUACAGCGUAAUCGCUUAGAGGCAGAAGAUGUAGAAGAAUCUGUUUAUGAAGAAUCUUCACCAUCCGUUUCUGAACAAGCAGAAGUCGCUUCGCAAAAGACCACUACGUCAGGAACGGCUAGCAUUUUAAAUGAAUAAUAAAACUAGAAUCUACAGUAUAUACUG